AUAGCUUAGGAUGGACUGUUUCUACACAGGUCAGACCUCAUCAUAUUCCAUUCAUACCAGACCCAUUUAUUCUCUACAAAAGCUACAGCAGGACACCAUCCCAUCACAUCUCCUCUGUCUCUCCUGACCCUGCUGUUCCCAUGGAGAUGACCUCUCUCCUAUUCCUACUCUGUGCAGGUGUCUGCUGCACAGCCGCACUCAGCCGCCUCAGACAGUUCCAUCUCUAUGAAAAUACAAAUAAACAAUUAUCUUGGACAGAAGCACAACACUUCUGCCGGGAGAACUACACUGAUCUUGUCACUUUGUACAAUCAGGAGGAAUCUGAGCAGCUGAUACAGUUAAUGACAUCUCAUAGCAGCUGUAAAGCCUGGAUAGGUCUCCAUCGCAAAGAGCACAGUCUGAAGUGGUCCAAUGGAAACAUUGUUAAUGACACUGCAUGGUCACCACUUCCAAGCCCGUGCACAGAGCCAAUGUGUUCAGCCAUACUCAAAGAUAAUACAAAAUGGGAGAAUUGUACAGAGCAGAAAUACUUUAUGUGUUACAGAAAAGGGUCUGGUGAUUCCUUCCUGAUUGAACAGACCAUGACCUGGUAUAAGGCUCAGAGUUACUGCAGAGAGAACUACACUGACCUGGUCAGCAUCAGGAAUGAGGGACAGAAGGAGGAAGUGAAGAACGAAGGGAUGAACAGCACCAUUCCUUACUGGAUCGGCCUGCUGUAUGAUGACUGGGAGUGGUCUGAUGGAGGGAGAUCUUCCUACAGAAACUGGUCCAACGUUACAUAUUCCUACUAUCCUAAAGCAGGAGAGAAUCACACUGCUCUUUACCCGACUGAACUAGGUAUAAUCACAGUGGGAAAUGUAGGUCAUGAAGAUUAUACACUCUGCUCUGAAGGAUCAGUUCGCAUCCACAUUAUCAGUAAAAGAAUGUCUUGGGAACAGGCCCUGGGCUUCUGCAAGAAGAACUACCAUGGACUGCUGCGAAUUGAGACAGCAGAAGACCAGAAGGUGGUGAAGCAUAAAUUCAACGGGUCUGAUUUUACUGGUCCUGUGUGGGUGGGUCUGAGACAGAGCCGUCUCUUUGGGUUCUGGGUCUGGUCCAAUGGGCUGCCAGUGGGGUGGAGUAACUGGGAGGGAGACAGACAGCCUGAACAGCCUCUGUCCAACCAUUGUGGUGCCAUGGCAAUGGAGGAGGGAUACAAGUGGAGUGAUCAGGAUUGUCUGUCCAUGCGCUUUUUUAUUUGUGAAGAAGAGUUGUAAUACAUUUCCCCCUUGUUAAUUUAAUUAACUGUCUUUACCAUUUCUCACAUUUUGAUUGAAAUGUGUUCUUUUUAGGUAAUUACUGAUUGAAAUCAUCUUGACAAAGAUGUUUUUAUGUUUAAGCUUUCAGCAUGCAAUGCAAUGUGCGAUAUAACUUGUCAUUGAUAUAACGUGUUCUCAAAAAUCUUUGAAUAAAAUUGUGUGAUAUUUCAGAUAUAUAAAAAAUGUUAAACAAUAAAAUAUAGAUCAUUAUGUCAUGUUUUUAAAAUAUUAUAUUCUCUUGUCAUAAUACUUUUGCCAUUAAGCUAACUCGUUUAUCCUAGAUUUACACACAGUCAUCACUAUUGUAACUAUGGGUUACUGUAAUUAAUACUCCAUAUAGUCUAAAUACAAUUAUAUUUAAUUAAUAGUAUCAUGCAUGUUAACGGUGACUAAGGAAAUAAAAAUAAGAGUAAAGUAA